AUGAGUGUGCCGGGAAAGGUUGAAUAUAGGGUUAGAUGUUCGAAGCUAGGGACCUUCUUCGGCGCUGAUCAGUGUUGCUCUUCUAAGAAGUUUCCCUAUUCCUUGCUACUCCUAUGCUGGAAAGACACUAUAUCCAUCAGCAGUCAGCUGAGAAGUAGUAGAGGGCUGCAGUGUUCGGCGAAAAACACCGCUCCGGCUUGGGAAUCCCGGCUAUCCCCGGGAUUCCCCGCAGGUCAGGUGACCGCAGCACGUGGGCCUCCCUUGCGCGAUAAGCAAUUUCACCUCGUCGACUCAUCUCCGGCAGGUCCUAACGUCAUCACAGCGCCUAUCCUAGUAGCUGGGCGCUGCAUCGGCAUGCAUACAAACGCUCCUCUAUCUGAUGAGGGCGGCGGCAGGACAUCGGAGAGCCAUCCUCCGUAUAAACGCGUUCGCACCCAGGUUUCGCGCGCCUGCGAACGGUGCCGCAUCCGCAGAAUCAAAUGCGACAGUGAGCGACCUUGUAAACCAUGUCUUCAAAGGAGCGAUCCCUGUGACCCAGGCGGAGAAGAUGAGCUGAAGACCUUCCCACAAGCACUGAGAGAGGUUGACCGAUUGAGGCAGCGAGUAAAGGAACUUGAAGCGGAAUUGUCUCUUCAUAAAGAUCGUCUGGCGCUAAAUACACCCAUUGUCUCCACAGCCAGCUCAUCGCCAGGUCCGUCCGCUUUUGAACCAAGGUCUACACCCGCUACCAUGCUUGAGGGUCGCGAAGGGGGUCAUCUGGGUCCAGUUCAAGAACAACCACAGCAAUCUAUACCAAAUACUCAGCCUCAUAAAUCGUGGGGCGGUAUUAAUGUGGUCGCCGCUAACCCUGCCAACCAGGCAUGGUACGGACCCUCGUCGCUAUUCUACUUUAUUGAUCGUAUGGCGAGGUUCCUGAGCAUCAACCUCCAUCAGAACCACUCAGCAGAGCAAAUGUCCCUUUAUGGCUCCACAAGAGCACUUCUUGGAGACCCCCCUGGGAACUCUAAAUUACAGCCCGGUGACAAUACCCAGGCAUCAACCACCAUAGCAUCACCGCAGAAGUUUUUGAGUCUAACUCAAGAAGAGUACUUUCUCGACCUGUACUGGAGCUCGUAUCACACAGCCCUCGCCCCGAUCUUGAACGAAGCCGAAUUCAGACAGCAUUAUCGAUCGUUGUGGAUCGCAUCGGGUAACACGCGGCAGCCAUCAGCGCUUGCUGACAUCGUGGUGGCUGUUAGCAUGCAGCUUGGCAUGUCAAUGCUACCGCCUGCAAAGCAAAAGGAAAUGGGUCCAGUCGAUGCCAGCAUGGCAGGACAAUGGUAUUUCCAGCGCUGUCGAACGCUUCUUGCAUAUGAACUCGAGAGCCCUACCCUGGCCACCGUACAAGCCCUCCUGCUGUCUGCCAUCUAUCUCUGCUCCGCUGCCUUUCAUAAUAUGUCAGACAAUGUGGCUGGUCAGGCUGCUCGAGCGGCUUGCGCCCUCGGUCUUCAUCAUGACCCGCCCGACACGUUGCCACAGCCAGAGCGGGAACUCCGGCGGCGCCUGUGGUGGGCGCUCGUCAUUCUGGAUACAAAGAUUGGAUUGAAGCUCGGCCGCCCACUUCAGUUCUAUCAUACCGAGAGCAGCCCGGCGUUACCAGACGACCAGCUCCUGAGUGCGAUGGGGGCAGGAUCGGAUUAUUCGCCCCUGGGAGACACAGUGACCUGGCUGAGCUUCAAUCUCCAUAAUACAAAGUUAUUUCUCGUUGCGCGAUCAGCCCAGACAACAUUCUACGGCAAGGGAUUAGCGCUGCAUGAUGGUCAGUCUGCGUGGGAUAAUCAACUGGUCCUAGAGUCACUUGCAGAAUCCUUACACCCCUUCGUACAGUCUUUGCAACAAUGGGUCUCCGAGAUUCCGGAUGCUCUCAAACUGAACCGGGAGAAUGACGGAUCAGCCUUUUCUACAGACGGAUCUAAACUGGAAAUAGAGCUAUUCGCACCUGCAUGGGUACAACGCCAACGCUUCCACUUGGAACUGACAUACCAUUACAUAUGCUUUUGCCUCUUUCGUCCAUUGAUCUCGUACAGUUCUGUUUCUGCUCCGACCGCGGUUUAUCUUGCAGAGAAAAGCGCUCUCCAUGGCAUCGCUUUAACCAAUAUCACGCAUCAAGCUCUUACCACCACAUCUGUACUAGCUGGCUGGCAUGAGGCAUUCCAAUGGCAAUGGAGCGCAGCCAUAACCCUUGUCGGAUUUGUGCUCGCAUAUCCACAUGCUGCGUGUAUUACGGCAGCCAAACAAGCUAUUGAUACAUCGAUAGCCGUGUUUGAGAUAUUUGGCGAGAGUUUCGUCAUUGGAACCAAGGCUGCUAACACUAUGCGCUCUCUUGUUGCUGCAAUUGACCUGCUACGGCGCCGUCAAGCAACGGCUGGCGUCCACAUGCCCAAUGAUAUUCAACCCCUGGUACCCGACGAACUGGGGUCUGGCAUUGACGGUUUUAUGUCUAGCGAGACUUUCGACUUUGAUGCAAUAUCUUCAGAGCAAAUGCAAGACAUCUUCCAGGUAGCCUUGUCGAUUGAUCAGUGGAGUUACUUUGAUGCUCUAUGGGCUUCAGGAAAUGGAUUACCGGCAUCUUGAAGGCAAUACAUGUCAAUACCUCUUUGACUGGCCCAGUAGCCAAUCCGAAAAAACACAGGAGCCGUUCUCAUUCGCGUGGGGGCUUUUUGCAUGCCUCCGUGCAGUCGCAUACCGUGUAUAUCGAUACAUAUGAGAGCGCCAUGCAGCGCAACCGAUC